AUGCCUAAUUACUAUUUUGCAGUAGCAAGUCAAAAUUUUCUACUCCGAGAAGAACCAAUAGAAGAAAUUUUACGUGAAAGAACAAACUACUAUAAGAACAUCAAUAAAGAUAUAGAUUUUUGGCUAGUAACCAACCCUCACUUCAUCAAUAGAUCUGAGUUUAAAUCAAUCAAAACACAAUUAAUUAAUCCAUCUGCUGCAAUAAUUUCUCUUGAUCAACAAUUUAUUCAAUGGCUUAAACUCAGAAUAGGUUUUGUAGCUAUCGGCAAUUUUACAGCCGAAUCAUUCGAUAUGGAAAUAAACCAUUAA